CCUCGGUCUCAAAAGCUCGCACAUUUUUACUUGCUCUUUGUUAGGAACCCUCAAAUUUGCAGCGCCAACGGUUGGUUCCCACGGCUGCACGCCGCCGCUUCCAGCUUUCCCCUCCGCCGGAGAGAACGCCGUCAGCCACCGCGUCAGCCCCCGGAAAAUCGUGCUGCACCCCAGCACAGCACAGCUUUACCACGAGCGGUCCACCUCCUCGUCGAUCACCACUUUGCACAGAAUUUUCGUAGCAGAGCGAAAUGGAGGUGCCUCCAAUUGACAAGGAGAUUUCUGAGGAGUUAGAUUUGAGAAUAAAGAAGUACCUUAGAGGCGGUGCUGCGAAUUUGAAGGGUUUAGAAGAUAAAAAGCUCAAAGGUCAACUUGCCCAUAGAGAAAACUUGUUUGGGAAAUCUGCCAAAGCUGCUGCUAAGUAUGAGAAGUGGCUUAUGCCAAGUGAGGGAGGGUAUUUGGAGGCUGAUGGUCCAGUAGAGAAAACAUGGAGAAUCAAGCAAGAAGAUAUUGGGCGUGCAGUAGAUAUCUUGAGUGCAAGGAAUCAACAUGAUGUUAUUUUACCAGAAUUUGGUCCGUACACAAUGGAUUUUACCUCGAGUGGUCAAUAUAUGGCUGUUGCUGGACGCAAGGGCCACCUGGCUAUUGUUGACAUGAAGAAUUUGGAAGUACGGAAAGAGUUUCAGGUUAGAGAAACAGUGCGUGAUGUGGUAUUCUUGCACCAUCAGUUGUUCUUUGCUGCUGCUCAGAAAAAAUAUACAUACAUUUAUCGUCCAGAGGGUGUAGAAGUUCAUUGCCUAAAGGAACAUGGUGCAGUGUUAAGGCUUCAGUAUCUGAAAAACCACUUCCUCUUGGUAUCCAUAAACAAAUUUGGGCAGCUCCAUUAUGAAGAUGUAUCAAUGGGUGCUAUGGUAAAUAAUUUCCGGACCGGCUUAGGCCGUACUGAUGUAAUGCGAGUGAAUCCCUACAAUGGAGUUGUUGCUUUGGGUCAUUCGGGUGGAACAGUUACCAUGUGGAAGCCCACCAGCUCUGCUCCCCUUGUCAAGAUGCUGUGCCAUCAUGGGCCUGUUUCAGCCCUGGCAUUCCAUCCUAAUGGCCAUCUCAUGGCCACAGCUGGGAAAGAUAAGAAAAUUAAGCUUUGGGACUUGAGGAAAUUUGAGGUUCUCCAGACUUUUCCGGGCCAUGCAAAGACCUUGGAUUUCAGUCAGAAAGGUUUGCUUGCAUGCGGAACUAACUCCUUUGUACAGAUUCUAUCUGAUUUGUCUGGAACUCCCAAUUAUAGCAGAUAUAUGGCUCAUUCGAUGGCGAAAGGUUACCAAAUCAAUAACUUGUUGUUUCGACCGUAUGAAGACGUUCUAGGCAUAGGGCAUUCCAUGGGCUGGUCUAAUAUUCUUAUUCCAGGAUCUGGGGAACCCAACUUUGAUUCUUGGGUGGCUAACCCAUUUGAAACAAGCAAACAGCGGGGAGAGAAGGAAGUGCACCAUCUUCUCGACAAGCUUCCACCGGAGACAAUUAUGCUGGACCCUUCAAAGAUCGGUACAGUGAGGCCGGCAAGGAGGAGAGAGAAGCCAACAAAGAAGGAAAGAGAGGCGGAGAUGGAAGCUACCUUAGAAGAUGUCAAGGGCAACAUUACCCUGAAGAAGAAAACAAAGGGAAGGAAUAAAUCAAGCAAGAGGGCAAAAAAGAAAGAGGAGAUUGUUGCUAAAGCUAAAAGGCCUUUCUUGGAGGACAUGCAGGAAGAACAAUUGUCCAGAAAGAAGCAGAAAAUAAGUGAGGAAGUUGAGCUUCCGAAAUCUUUGCAGCGGUUUGCUCAUAAGAAAGCAUCAACUUGAUUUUGCUAGUCUAGUCAAGAAAUUGGUUUUAUUUGCCGAUUAGCUCAUUUUUGAAAUAGCUUUGGUGCCCCAAAAGUUUUGGCAUACAUUACUUUUAAGUUUAAGAGCGCUCCAUCAUUUGGGUCCCCAACAAUUACUUCCUAGAUCAUGAACCUCUUAAAAGCUGUAGUUUCAGUAACACAAUAAUAGACAGGACAUGACGUGAUGAUAAA